AAUUCUGGUGCGCUUGAUACAAGACGCCCGAAUUCCCGUCGUAAAUGAAUGGCGCAGUGCGUCGCUUUUCUUCUUCCGCCAAUCACGCGGCGCGUUGACCCAAAUAACGCGAUUACUUUGAGCAUUUGGAGAACAGACCUGCACGGAGCGAUGAGAGGAAGAGUCUGGGAAUUUCUAUAUGGUAAAUUAUGCAAAUGUACACCUCGGCAUUAUGGGUAUAGCAACAUGAAAGAUGAUAGAAGAACAAAGCGUAACAAUACAGCGGCUGUCUAAUGUCUGCUGCUCUUCUGAAUGACCGUUAGGUGAAUGCGAAUCUCCUCAAAUGUCCCAAGCGGACAGCGAGGUUUGAAGCCGCCACCGAGUGGUGAAUCUGUUAUUGUGAGCCGAGGAGUUUGCACAGCCUUGCUUCUGUUACAUUGAGCUUUUGAAUCCCCUGCGGAGCUUUCGGAAAGGAGUCGGAGUGACCAGAAUGGCCAAUAUAGCAGUGCAACGCAUCAAACGUGAAUUUAAAGAAGUCCUCAAGAGCGAGGAGAUAAGCCGAAACCAAAUCAAGGUCGACCUCGUGGACGGAAAUUUCACCGAACUGAGAGGAGAAAUCGCAGGACCUCCGGACACGCCAUACGAAGGAGGGAGGUACCAGUUGGAAAUCAAAAUCCCCGAGCCGUAUCCGUUCAGUCCUCCAAAAGUUCGGUUUAUUACUAAAAUUUGGCAUCCCAAUAUCAGCUCGGUGACCGGCGCAAUUUGCUUGGAUAUUCUCAAGGAUCAGUGGGCAGCCGCCAUGACCCUCCGGACGGUGUUGCUAUCGUUGCAAGCGCUGCUGGCGGCUGCGGAACCGGACGACCCACAGGAUGCGGUGGUGGCAAAUCAGCUGAAGCAGGACCCGGAGAUGUUCAAGCAGACGGCCCGCCUCUGGGCACACGUGUAUGCCGGUGCACCCCCGUCGAGUCCCAAGUACACCAAGGACAUCGAAAAGCUCUGCGGGAUGGGCUUCGAAAGAAACGCCGUCAUCGCUGCCCUCUCGUCCAAGUCCUGGGAUGUGGAAUCGGCCACCGAGCUGCUUCUAAUGAACUGAGGAGCGACCCGUUUUGACUGGACAACAAGCACCACACUUUUUUGGUUCCUUAGAAAUGCUGUCCUGUUCCCAUUUAAUAUUGUUGUCUUUCCGAAUAUGAAAAAAUGUGCUGUUGUAAAAACGAUCGGUUGAGAAGUGAGCGCUGGGUGUCUUCUAUAAAGCAUUAACGGGCAGGACUCAAAGUUCGACUCAGUUUUUCUUACGGGCAGUUGGAAAAUAUUUUGUUGCGGUGGAGAUCCAUUAAUGUAGUACCUUUUAGAACAAUCGAUUUGGCUCUGUGAGCAACAGAGAAUUGGUUAUCAAAAUUCGAAAGAAACGGCAAGACAGCAUAUUGACUGGGCUGAACCUGCAAGACGAACCCCGCUUGUCUUGCGUCAUCUGAGACUGCCGUUAGCUUAGAAUGUAAAGGAGAGGAGAGGGGUGUCCAGCUCCGGUCGUGGAGGGCUGCACAGGCUGCAGAUUUUCAUUCCUUCCACCCUGUUAAUUAUUCGCCAAUUACUAUUGAUAAUGAAAUGAAUACUUUAUUACACUAAUUUUAACUGA